AUGUGGAAGCCGCCGGUAGACUUCCUUACUUUGCAUUAUGCCUGGAUCAUCACUCUGAGUGUAUUAAGUUUGGCGAUUAUCUAUCCAUAUGGAAAUCUCCGAGCGGUCGAUGCCUACUUCUUCGGUGCGAGCGCGUCGACUGAGUCGGGACUGAACACAAUUGAUGUCAAAGCUUUGAAGACCUACCAGCAGGUCUAUAUUUAUCUUAUUCCUAUCCUCGGGAAUUUCGGAUUCAUCAACAUCAUCGUGGUCAUAGUCCGGCUGCGCUGGUUCAAGAAACGCCUGCAGGAGAUUGCGCCGCACAUUCUAAGACCACAGCUAUCGGCUGAACAAGACACUGAGGCUCAGCUACGAGCAGAGAGAGACUCGGAAGAUGUCUCAGAUGUUGCCAGUCUACAGGAAAUUCAGUACAAAAGAUCGGCCGAGAAGAACGAUGAGGCUGAAGUCAAUGAGGGGCCAGAAAUUUUCUCAAACGACUCUCCCGAUCAAUCACUAGAGCCAGACGCGGAUACUGAUACAAAGAAUCCUACGCCAGACUUUGCUCCGCGCCGACAAACUAUUCAGUUCAUUGAUAAUGACCAGGAAUCAUCGAUCAGGGAUAAAGCCCUUUAUAUUCCCCCACCAUGGAGACGCGAUAGAGGUGGUUCAUUCGUUGAAGUUGAUGGGAAUACCGCUGAUGAUGCCAAAUCCGUGGCUUCCACCUACAUCGACCAAGAGCGUAUUGAACAAGGCCUUCGUCGUCGGCAAACUGCAGUGAGCAUCUACUCUGCUACAACACGGCCCCUCGAGCAGGCUGCUUCCAUGAUGUUUAGAGUUGGUGGGUCCUCGGGCCCCAGGCGUAGCCAAAGCUCUCCAUCAAGAAAGAAAAGCAAAUUCAAGCAGCUCGCUUUGCCGAAUAUUUCUUCCCAAGCUACGCAGAGCCGGAACUCCCAGUUUCACCACCUGACUGCCGAGGACCGCGAGAGGUUAGGUGGCAUCGAAUAUCGCAGUUUAAAGCUGCUGCUAAAGAUUGCGGAUGGAUUCAGCAUGCCGAUCCGAAAUAUCGGGCUUACCUUGCAGAGUGUGGCCAAGGCAAUGUAUGGUGGGGGGUUCUAUACUGCUCAAACGAUGGUUGACAACCUCGGCUUUACACUCACACCAGACUCAAUGGUUUCCUUCCAAGACGCGACGUUCCCACUGAUCGUUACGAGUUUCCUUACUUUUGCUGGAAACACCUGCUAUCCAUGUCUUCUCCGGCUGAUUAUUUGGAUCAUGUUUAAGCUCUGCCCGCAAAAUUCGUCAAUGAAGGAAACUCUCAACUUCCUCCUCGACCAUCCACGACGGUGCUUUACACUACUCUUUCCAAGCCGACCGACAUGGAUCCUGUUUGGUAUCUUGUUCGUUAUGAAUACCAUCGACGUGAUAUUCAUUAUCGUUCUUGAUUUGCACAACCCUGCUGUUAACAACCUGGCGGCUGGUCCGCGGGUGCUUGCUGCUAUCUUCCAAGCAGCAUCGGCUCGUCAUACAGGAGCAGCCACGUUCAACUUGGCUAAUGUCAAUCCAGCAGUCCAGUUCAGCUUGGUUGUCAUGAUGUACAUUGCCGUCUUCCCGAUUGCUAUCAGUGUUAGGGCUUCCAACGUUUAUGAGGAGAGAACUCUUGGAGUUUAUAGCCCAGAAGCUGCCGCUGAUGAAACGAACGGCCGAUCCUACAUCAUCGCUCACAUACAGAACCAGUUGAGCUUUGACUUGUGGUACAUUUUCCUUGGUUGUUUCUGCAUCUGUAUUGCCGAGUCUGGUAAAAUUGCAGAUACAAAUAUCCCAGCAUUUUCUGUUUUCUCCGUUCUAUUUGAAGUAGUAUCGGCCUAUGCCAAUGUUGGUCUCAGUCUUGGGUAUCCGACUGUCGAUACAUCCCUCUGUGGGCAGUUCAAUACCUUUAGCAAACUCGUCAUUUGCUUCAUGAUGAUUCGAGGCCGUCACCGUGGAUUGCCGUAUCAAAUCGAUCGUGCCAUUACUCUCCCCGGGGAACACCUUAUCGAUCAUCAUAGAGAUGACGACACGCCGCAAGAAAGAGAGUUAUCGGAAUAA